AUGCAGCAAAUUGUAUGUCUAUUCGCCUUGUGCGCAGUCGCCCGUGCCGGAAUUCUAGCCCCUGCAGCGCCUCUCUUGGCAGCCCCUGCUAUUGCCACCAAAGUCUUGGCGACGGAAGACUACGACCACCAUCCUCAGUACAGUUUUGCAUAUGAUGUCCAGGAUGCCUCAACUGGUGACUCCAAAUCGCAACAUGAGACCAGAGAUGGCGACGUUGUACGAGGACAGUACUCCCUUUUGGAGGCUGAUGGAACUAGAAGAAUUGUUGACUACACCGCCGAUGCCAUCAACGGCUUCAACGCCGUCGUUCGCAAAGAAGGAUUAAUUGCCAAAGCGGCUCCUGUGGCCAUCGCUGCUCCAGCCCCUGUCGCAUACGCCGCCCCUGCCAUCGCCAAGUUCGCAGCGCCUGCACCGAUCAUCGCUGCUGCACCGGUAGCAAAACUCGCAGCGCCUCUGGCUUACGCAGCUCCAAUCGCUAAAUUCGCUGCUCCAGCGGCCCCUGCAAUCGCUUACGCCGCCCCUGCUCCAAUCGCUUACGCCGCCCCUGCUCCAGCAAUCGCUCCAAUCGCUAAAUUUGCUGCAGCUACUCCCCUUCCAGCAGCUCCAAUCGCUUAUUCAGCGUCCCCUUACCAUUACGCAGCUUACGGCUACGCUGCUCCAGCGCCCGCUUACGCUAAAUUCGCUGCUCCAGCUAUCGCCUAUUCGAGCUACAUUCGCUGAGGAGUAGGAGGAGGAUAUAGAAGAUUAGUUGAAGGACUAAGGCAAUAGGACAA